CCUGAAGCAGCCCACCAUCAACAACAUGGCCCUAGUACUCUCGGAUGCAGUGGUCCAAAGCUAUGGGAUUGCCAGAGUCUUCCCGGGGGAGGAGGAUGUCUUGACGACGUCUGUGGACUUCCACCGUACGGGGGGUUACUGCGCGACCGCUCGGAGAGGAGUGGUCUCUCACAUCAACUGCACCACCGGCAUGUUGAACAAGAACAUUCAUACCAAACAAUACGGCGCCGAAAUUGUCCGUUUCACCCACCACCCGGACUGCAUGAUCUGGUCGUCCCAGAACGACUUCGACGACCACGCGAUUCGAUACCACUCGGUGUACGACAACAAGUUUCUGCGCUACUUUUCCGGCCACACCAAGAAGUACGACGGCAGUCCAUCCCGCUCUUCCUUCAUCACUCGAUGCCCCGUCAUCAUCUCUCUUAGGGUCACGUCGCUCAUGAUGCAUCCGACCGCCGACGAAUUCCUCACCGCAUCCAUGGACUCGACGUUCCGCAUGUGGGACAUCCGCGUCAAAACCGCCACGGGCUUGCUCAACUGCGGCGAGAACAACACCGCGAUCUCUGCCGCGUACGACUCGGACGGCCUUGUGUUUGGCGUGUACACCGGCGACUCCCUCGUCCGCAUGUACGACGCGCGCAACUACAACGACGGACCUUUUGCCAAGUUUUCCCUCCAUGAAGAAAGCAUCGAGUUGGCACUGCGGCCGCUGCUUCAGUCGCGGCAGUUCAAAGCCAAGCUCGACGUCCAUGCGAUACAGUUCAGUCCGGACCAGCAGCACAUCCUGCUCAACACGAACGCCGGGUUGCUCGUACAGCUCGACGCGUUCGAAGGCAAACUCACGCGCAUUUUCGCGAGCCAUAGCAACUCCACGGGCAAGAAGCUAGGCGCGAGCUAUUCACCCGAUGGCGCUUACAUUGCAUGUGGGGCGGACGACGGCAGUAUGACCAUUUACAACGCCAACACGGGCGCCGUGACGGCGGCGGCCAAGCCCGGGCACAUUGGGCCCGUCAUGGAUGUGCAGUGGAACCCCCAGCGCCAUUUGAUUGCUAGUGUCCACGCCAACACGAUCUUUUGGAUGCCGCCAGCCACCCCCGCCGCGUAGUGCUGCCGUAAGUUGGGGCUGCAAGGCCGACAAAGGAGUAGUAGUACUAGUAGUUGUUGUACUAUUCACAAUAGCUACAGUACUUCUAAUAGUGUCAAUUGGAGUGGGGUGCUCGAUUGAAUGAGCGGAAAAACCAAAUCGACAGACAAUCGAUGUACGACCAAUCAAAACGUAUCAAGUAGCCAAUCAAAUCCACUCUUUGACCAACGCAGAAUUUUGCAGUGUGUGACUUAACA